GGGCCCGUCGUCGGUGGCGUGGUACACGCAACCCUAGUCAAGAGGUGGGACGAGAGGGUCGACGACUGCUUGCUUCCACGGUGCCGUUGCCGUUUCCUCGUAGGGGCAAAUACGGCACUGCCGUUCUAGCGCUUCCCUUAGCAAAGAACAAAAGGGAAAGUAGAGUCGAAGCGGCGCGAGCGAGAGCUAGCGAGGGAGAGGUCGCUAUGGUUCUAGGGUUGCAGCAAUUCGUCGAGCGGGUUGGGGACGGGAGCGGGCAGCCCCGCCUGGACGCUGACGCCGGCGAGGAGAUGAUGCACGUCCAGCCCGGCGUGGCCAUCGUCCUCGGCGGCCGGCUGCCGGAGUCCCCCGGAACCCUCUACAUCUCCACCAAGAGGGUGGUGUGGCUAAGCGACGCGGAUAGAGCCAAAGGCUACGCGGUGGAUUUCUUGUCGGUUUCCCUCCAUGCGGUGUCGAGGGACCCGGAGGCGUAUCCCCUGCCCUGUAUCUACACUCAGAUUGAAUCUGAAGCUGCUGAGGAUGAGGAGUCUGAAGGCUCAGAUUCUGAAUGUGGUCAGUAUUUAGAGCUGUCAAAAGUCACUGAAAUGAGGCUUGUGCCAUCAGAUCCUAGUCAGUUGGAUACUCUCUUUGACAUUUUCUGUCAAUGCGCUGAACUGAACCCUGAGCCUCGUGAAGAGGGAGAGGAAGAAAAUAGCUGGUUUUUUGGUGAUGAAGGGAUGGCUGAUGAUGGAAGUGAUUCUGAGUGGCAACCUUCAGAAAAUCUUGUCAACCCCAUUGGUUAUGCAAAUGGUAAUCAUGACCUGGCUCGUCAGGUCCUUGAGCUCCAAAUCAAUGAUCAGCGAUUUGAGGAUGCAGAGGAAGUGGAACAUGAGUCGCAAGGUGGUCGUCAAUGAGCAGAAUACCCAUGCAGAUAUCUUCUUCUGCAGAGUCUGAUGUAUCAGCUCAUGUCAAACUACUAGCGAUGCAGCUUUUGGAGGUGUGUUUUGCUGUCAGCUUACUGAACAUGACUUCUUCUGCCAAGAACGCGAAACUAGGUUAGCUUCAUCUACUAGCAUGCAGCAGACCACCUGGUAGAGUAGUUGUAUCAUGGCUAUUUUUCAUGAAAAGGUCUUGCUGUUGGUCAAGAAUGUAUGUUAGGUUGAUUGUGUCUUGGAGAAUUUACCGAAAGCCUGACUAUUGGAAGCAGCCAUGCCCCAAAUCUGAAGUAAAUAUCGAGGAUUUUGUGAUGCGAUUACAGAAAUUUUAUAUUUAACAUUAGGCCAAUCAGUAGUCUUUGGAGCUGGCAUGUUUCAUGCAAACUGUUCUUCUUUUAAUUCAUACUGGAGUUACGUAUUUUUGUUCA